AUGGCACCAGAAUCUGCCUUUGGUGAGGUCCUCAGACUGCUUCCACUCAUGGCAGAAGGUGAAGGGGAUUCAGCCUGUGCAGAGAUCACAUGGACAUUUGGGUGUUAUAUGAAGACAAAUGGGCUGAAUGUUACCUUGACUGCCCUUAAGUUUCAAGUCAUCAUGCAAAUUCUGGAAAGGUUAGAAUGGCGCCAGGAAACAAGCCAGGAAGGGACCGUGGAUCCAGAAGCAGGUAAGAUCCUGAGGGAAGCGGGCAGGGAAAGCCCUGGGGAGGUAGUCUGUCUGUACCUAGUGUUCAAGGCAUGGCAGGAUGUGAAGGUGCAUGGGCAGGCAGGGAGUUGGCAGAAAGCAUCAGGAAAGGCAUGGGUUGGGGAGAAGACAAGGUGUGACUUAAUUGUAAGACCUCAAACUAUCAAACUACUAGAAGAACACAUAGCGGAAAAACUCUAUGACAUUGGAGCAAGAUUCAUUGGAAUUAAUAUCCAAAAUAUAAAGGGGCUAAAACAACUCAAUAGUGGGGAAAGCCCUUUUGCGGGUGGCGGCGAGCUCAGAGAGGACGCCCUGAAGGUAGGGCACUUAAGAGAGUACAAGGUGGUGGGUCGCUACCUGCCCACCCCCAAAUGCCACACACCGCCCCUCUACCGCAUGCAAAUGUUUGCGCCUAAUCGUGUCGUCGCCAAGUCCAGCUUCCGGUACUUCGUAUCUCAGUUAAAGAAGAUGAAGAAGUUUUCAGGGGAGAUUGCCUACUCCGGGCGGGUGUUUGGGAAGUCCCCUCUGUGGGUGAAGAACUCCCGCAUCUGGCUGCGCUGUGACUCCCUGAGCGGCACCCACAACCUGUAUCAGGAAUACCAGGACCUGACCACGGCGGGUGCUGUCACCCAGUGCUACCGAGUCAUGGGCGCUCGGCACUGCGCCCAGGCCCACUCCACCCAGAUCAUGAAGGUGGAGGAGAUCGCAGCCCGCAAGUGCCGCCGGCCAUCCGUCAAGCAGUUCCACGACUCUAAGGUCAAGUUCCCGCUGCCCCACCCGGUCCUGCGCCAUCAGCACAAGCCACGCUUCACCACCAAGAGGCCCAACACCUUCUUCUAGAUGCAGGGCCCUUGCCCAGGUAUGCCCCAAAU